AAAUCGCACAUACCGGAAGUGACGUCUUCAGCGCUCCUAUACGCCCGUACCGUUAUUCAGGUCCAGGCGCAGGUUUAUAAGCGGUAUUUACCCAAAUAAAGGAGAGAAUUUCUCCCGGUUUCUGUGAAUAAAUCCUGCAGAGGAAUCAGAAUAUUCUGUGAUCUGAGCUGAAAGUGAAACAUUAAGGAUGCAGGCUGCAGUCAGGAGGGGAUGAGUGGCCUUUCCUCACCAAAAACACUUUCAUUUCCACAAAAACACACAGAAAUUUACAACAAAAACACAAAACAUGUCCGGAAAACACUUUAAUGUGCAUGAAGUCGGCUGCUGCAUUAAAUACUUCAUCUUCGGGUUUAAUAUCAUAUUCUGGCUGCUGGGCGUGGCCUUCCUGUCUGUCGCUUUAUGGGCCUGGAGCGAGAAGGGCGUUCUGUCCAACAUCUCGUCCAUCACAGAUCUGGGUGGUUUUGACCCCGUGUGGUUGUUCCUGGUCGUGGGGACGGUGAUGUUUGUGCUCGGGUUUGCCGGCUGCAUCGGAGCUCUGAGAGAAAACUCCUUCCUGCUCAAGUUUUUUUCCGUGUUUUUGGGAAUCAUCUUCUUCCUGGAGCUGACCGCCGGAGUCCUCGCCUUCGUCUUCAAGGACUGGAUCAAAGAUCAGCUCAAGUUCUUCAUCAACAACAACAUCCGAGCGUACCGAGACGACAUCGACCUGCAGAACCUCAUCGACUUCACGCAGGAAUACUGGGAGUGCUGUGGCGCGUUCGGACCUGAGGACUGGAACCUGAACAUCUACUUUAACUGCACCGACACCAACCUGAGCCGAGAGAGAUGCGGAGUUCCCUUCUCCUGCUGCACUAAAGACCCUGCUGAGGAUGUAAUAAACACUCAGUGUGGUUACGACAUCCGAGCUAAAAUCGACACGGAGCAGAAGACGUUCAUCUACACUAAAGGCUGUGUGCCACAGUUUGAAAAAUGGCUGCAGGAGAAUCUCACAGUGGUGGCAGGAAUCUUCAUAGGAAUCGCACUGCUGCAGAUUUUCGGGAUUUGUUUGGCUCAGAACCUGCUGAGUGACAUCGAGGCUGUGAGAGAGAGCUGUUUGUUCACUUGACCCGUUGAAGCCGGCAUCGUCUCAGCGUCCUGUCGAGGGAAGAGGACUUUUUCAGUUUCAUUUUUAUUUCUAAAACACUUUAAAUUACUGUCCACGUGUCACUUUCUGAACUGUAACGUCGAUCCGUGCGCAAGCGUCUUUACUUCCUCUAAUGCAGACGUGACUGUAGUUCCUGCACUGACCACAAGGUGUAGCGGUAGAGUCGCUGUAGCGUUACGCCGCCUGUUGUACAAGUUAAGAAUUAUUUCUGUUUAAAAAUAAAUAAGUUUGGGGUAAAAUUGAAAAUUUACUGAUAAAUCUGUAUUUCAUUCCUUAAAUUUAAACCUUGCUAACAGCUAGCGGAAGCUUAUGAAGACCAGCUAGCAUCAUGCUAACGGCACAAAUUACCUCAUACACUCAGUUCCCCUGACAGAUUUAUAAAAACAGCUGUAAUCUAGUCAGUAUUUAACUUAUCACGAAUUAGCGAACUUCAGUCUCAAGUUUCAGCAUUGUAAUGGUCAGAAGAUUACACUAGCUGUUAGUGACGUUAGCGACGUUAGCUUAGUUCCAUUUGGACCUAUAUCUGAGGUAAAUACAAAAAAAAAACCUAGCAUAACUAAUUUAGCGAGUUAACUGUAAUUCUUUUUGUCUCUGUAAUAUAAACCUUUGCUUUUCAUGCUAGGAAGCUAGAAAGACGUAGAUUGCGUUGAUAUGAGAAAUGUAUAUAAAUGGGUCGAUUUCAAAGCACUGCUUUUUUAUUUUUUGUUUUUUUGUGCGUUUUAUUGCUUAUUAAGUGGCAGGAAAUAAGAAGCACUGCAUGUGUACUGGAAUAAUAAUAUUAGCGUGAAGGCACCUAGUAUUGACAGUUAACACUUUAAGAUAAUUAGAAUUAUGAAAAUAUUUAAAUAUUUACGUCUCAUUUGUGUUUCCGUUGUGUUUAAGAAAUCACGUUCAUCGGAUUUCGUCAUCAAUUCAGAUCUCUAAAUUUAACUGCAGCCUUUUUUUAACUUUUGAUACGACUAGCGAUAGAUAGAUAGAUAGAUACGCUAAUUAUGCUAAAGUGUUAAGCUGAAUAGCAGAAACAAAGUUAGUUACCUAUAAGAGCUAUUAAAUUCUUUUUACUCAGAACUGAGAGGCCAUUUUUAUGUAAAAUUACAAGUGAUUCAUAAUUAAUUAGCGAACAUUUUUUUAACUUAAUAUGUUAAGCAUGUUAUUUGGUGCAGUAGCAUUAGCAUUAGAAAAAACAUAGGUGCAAAAUCUUGACAAACUGAAUAUUUUUGUAAAUAAAAAGUGUCAAUAGUAGGUGCCUUGUUGUACUAGUUCUUUAGGUAUGUCAAUAUGAAUUUAAUAUUAUAGCUAUUAGUUUAGCUAAACGUUCAGAAUGUUUUUCAUGCUAGCUGUGUGAGUGAGUGAGUAUGUUGCACUUACUGGAUUUUCUGGGCUAUAAGAUGCGUUGUCGUUGUUGUUCUUGUUGUUGUUGUGGAAUUUUUGGGGGUAAAUUAGACAGUUAAGUGAUGUACACAUUAUUAUAAAUAAAAUAAGAUGUUAAAACACAUUAGCGUGAACAUAACGUGUCUGUUUUUUAAGGUUAUGUUAAGGUUAAAUUGCACUACCGUUAGCUUGGUGCUAAUUGAAAAUUCUUUACCUGCGCUAGCGGAUAUUAACACUACGAUAAAGUGAAAAACACGUUAAUUAUGACAAUGACAGAAGGAUUAUGAACUGGUGGCAAAACCCCCACACCAGCAGGUGGCGCUGAAGAGUCGUGUUAGGAUUUAGUGUGGUGUCCUGUUUACUCUGUUUACUCUGGAGCAACUUAUAGUCCAGAACAUACAGUAAAUUAGUUUAUCUAAUUAGCAUAUCUAAGUAGAGUUGAGAGAAAGAGAGAGAAAGAGGGAGAGAGGGACGUAUAGUUUUGCUUUUGAUGCACAUAAGGAACACUAACGUAAAUAAAUGAAAGUAUUAAUGUUGUGUUUUUUAUAUGAAUGAUGUAAAUCUGACUCCAACAUGUGUGUUCGACUUCUAAACAGGGUUUUUUCUCUUAGACAGUCCUCACUGCUUGUGUGUGUUGUUGUGGUUGAUGUGAUUUGUUUAAGUCUUUUUACAGUAUUGUAUUUGAGCACAUAAGCUAUUCUCCAUCCUGAGACGGGGUGAGCGGUGUGAACAAUAAAGUUUGAUAUGUUUUGGUAAAA